AUGGGAGGAGUAACGCUUGCCCUUGGGGGAGGCAGCCGAGCGCCUCGGGGCCACGGGUCAGUGGCCAUCGGGGCUCCUUCCCACGCCACAGGGUUUGGGGACAGUCCCGAAGAACACGCUGUGUGGAAUUACAGGGCUUUCCCUGUGGCCAGGGGCAGCUUGCUAGGUGGCGGGGGCACUGCGUUGGGUCAUCUCCUCGCAUGGCAGAACAGGGCCUCAUCUUUGUCUGCUCUCCUUCUUGCAGUGGCCACGGGCCGAGGCGCAGACGGCCUGCAGAGGUUCUCCUCGCUGCCGGCCUUCCUCCCCUCCGACCUGCACAUCGCCGGCGCCGAGGCGUCCUUCUUCCUCAAGGAGGCCAGGCAGGACCUGACGCGCAACGCCAGCCUGCAGGCCCGGGUGGAGUCCCUCUUCGUCUACCGUGCCCGGGGCCCGCCCUCCGUCAACGCCAGCUACGGGCCCUUCUCCGCCGAGAGGCCGCUGCCCCGGGAGCUCCUGCUGACGCCCACGGCCUUCGGCGACCUGGAGAAGUUCCCCUUCAACUGGAAGCUGAAGCCCCACAUCCUCGACAGCUCCAUCUACUCCAACCGGCCCAAGGUGCAGACCCUCUUCUACGUCACCGGCAUGGCCUGGGACGACAGCGACCCGGGGGAGGACCUGCCCUGCGUCAAGAUGUUUGCCUUCCCAGAGGCCAGGGAGGUGGCGGCCAGCUGCCGGCUGCAGGGGGCCCCCGGGCUGUGCGUGGCCGAGCUGGAGCUGCUGCCCGAGUGGUUCAGCUCUGGCCUGGACCUGGAGCCCGAGGAGGAGAUCCCGGCCCUGCUGGGGGGCACGGCCAUGGAGCUCUUCUUCAGUCUCUACCCGGCCGACGCAGCGGGCCAGUGUCCCCUGGAGGAGGAGGGCAAGUGGGAGAACAACAUCCACUUGGGCCAGGACAGCCCCCCGCAGGCGCCCCCCGCCCGGGAGCGCAUCGGCAGCGUGGUGGUCUACCCGACCCAGGACGACCUGCGCUGGUCCCUGCUGAGCCUGGACCAGAAUGUCGCCCUCUCCGUCCCGCUGAACCUCAUCCGCGAAGGGGACACAGCCACCUUUCUGGUCUCUCUGACCAGCGGCUCCGUGGCAGAGCAGUUCACCCUCCGAAUUAAGGCGGCAGCUGGUGUGAAGAUCACGGCCGUGAGAAUCAGCAACGAGGACCAGUGGGCGGUGCAGGAGGAGGUGGACCACGGCAGCACCCAGACGACGGCCACCCUGGCCUGCGUGGGCCACCCGGACACCCAGGGCAGAGUGAAUGGCUCCAUCUACGAGAUCCUGCAAGUGGACUUUGGCAUUGACAACAGCAGUGGCUUGGCGGGGGCCCAGCAGAUCACCUGGCAGGUGGAGUACCCAGCUGAGGACUCCAUGAGCGAGCUGGUGGUCUCCGAGAUCUUCGUCAGCCAGACGACCUUUGUGGGCAUCGUCCCUCUUGCAAUGGACACGGAGGUUUUGAACACCGCCAUUCUCACCGGAAAGCCCGUCUCGGUCCCUGUCAAAGUCGUGGGGGUUCAAGAGGACGGUUCCGUGGUGGACGUGUCGGAGGCUGUGGAGUGCAGGUCGGCCGAUGAGGACAUUGUGAAGGGGGGCCCUGCUGGCCCAGAGGACAGGACCAACAGGAGCACAACCCUGCCGCUGCCUGGGGAGGGGAAGGACAAGAAGCUACUCAAGAGUGGUGGUGCAGACGCCUUCACCAGCUUCCCCACCCAGGGGAAGUUUCCAGAAUCCAGUAACCCUAGUGACCUUACAGUGGCCUCCAGGGGCUUGACGGACUUGGAGAUCGGCAUGUAUGCCCUACUCUGCGUCUUCUGCCUGGCCAUCCUGGUCUUCCUGAUCAACUGCGUGGCGUUUGCCUGGAAGUACAGACACAAAAGGCUUGCGGUGAGCGAGCAGGGCAACAUCCCCCACUCCCACGACUGGGUCUGGCUUGGGAACGAGGUGGAGCUUUUGGAGAACCCAGUGGACAUCACGCUCCCCUCGGAGGAGUGCACGACCAUGAUAGACAGGGGGCUGCAGUUCGAGGAGAGGAACUUCCUGCUGAACGGAGGUUCCCAGAAGCCCUUCCACAGUCAGCUGCUCAGACCUUCUGACUAUGUCUAUGAGAAAGAGAUGAAAAACGAACCUGUAAACUCUUCUGGCCCGAAGAGGAAGAGGGUCAAGUUUACUUCCUACACCACCAUCCUCCCUGAGGAUGGGGGCCCGUACACCAACUCCAUCCUGUUUGACAGUGAUGACAACAUCAAGUGGGUCUGCCAGGACAUGGGGCUGGGGGACUCACAGGACUUCAGAGACUAUAUGGAAAGACUGCAGGACCAGAUGUAAACUCCUUUCUUAUGUUGUAUUCACCUUUAUGCCUUCUGUUUUCUGAAUGGUGGAGCAGUGAGUCUGAUCAGCAAUAGGGUGACUUCACAAAGCUGAGU